AUGUCUUUCGUCAACAGCCUCCCCAGUACUGGAGAAGUCUACGAUGUUGUCGUGGUCGGCAGUGGCUUUGCGGGUUCUACCACAACCCUUCGCUUCCUCGAGGAGUGUGAGAGACUCGGGAAGUCUGGCAAGAUCGCCUUGAUCGAAGCCGGCAAGGAAGGAGAACGAUGUGGUGCUAGCAGAUGGACACAAGCAGUCCUUCGACUCACAGACGAUAAUGUCUUUGACCCAAAUUGGAAACACGUUAUGAAGGCAAAUCCUUCGAUUCCCAAGGUGGGGUUUACGGGACUUAUUUUCCUGCACAGCGGCGGGCUUGCAGACCAAGCAUACUGCGAGAAAUUGGAGAAGGAGGCCCCGAUCUCGGUCGACUACCUCAAGGAGCGCGGCGUCAAACUGCACCAUCACUACGAAGAGAAUCUCUUGGUCCAGUUUAGCACCCGCCAGCACUUCUGCUAUCCCAUUGGCGGUGGACAUGCAAUCAUCAACGCCCUCUUCGAUCACAUUCGAAAGUACCCCAAUGUCAAGGUCUUGUGGGAGACGACGGCUGAACAUCUCCUGCAAACCGAGCAAGGCGAGGUUUGUGGAGUGCGAGUCCGACAGCCUGAUGGAAAGCUAUCCAAGGUCUUCGGGAAGAAGGUGAUGCUUGCUUGUGGAGGCUUCGAGGGCAGCAAAGACCUGAUGGCCCAAUUUGUCGGCCCGCGUGUCGAACAUCUCCCCGUCAUCGCACCAGGGUUGAAAUACAACACGGGGUUCGGCCUGAAAAUGGGCAUGGAAGUCGGUGCGGACCAGGACUGUCCAACUGACGCAAAGAUAACACAGUGUGAGAUGGUUGACUCUCGAACCACCAAGCCCGAUGCUGUCAUCUGGGGCCACAACUUUGGUAUCGUGGUCAACAGAGACUGCAAACGCUUCUAUGACGAGGGCAAAGACUCACUCUUUGCCACCUUUGAGAUGAUUGCUCUGGAGGUUUGGAGAGACCAAGACCAAGAGGCCUACUUUAUCACCGACAAGCCCAUCAUGGACCGUUUUCGACCAGGCUGGGUAUUCGAGACCACUGACCUGGAACCCGAAUCGAGCGACACGAUUGAAGGACUAGCCGAGAAACUCGGAAUCAAUCCCAAAGCACUCAAGAAGACCGUCGACGAGUUCAACGCGGCGAUCAACGAUGCGCCUCUGGAUCUGCUCAAGCACGAUGGAAAGUCGACGCGAGGCUUGACGCCCGAAAAGUCCAACUGGGCCGCUCCCAUCAAAGUCGCUCCCUUUUACGGCUUCCCCCUCAAAGCCAACGUCACCUUCACCUUUGGCGGGCUCAAGACCGACCUCGACAGCCGCGUCAUCUCCAUCAGCGGAGCCCCGAUUCCCAACCUGUACUGUACAGGCGAACUCUCUGGAGUCUGUAAGCUUUUUCUUUCCGGGAUGGACAAAAUCCCAAGCGUGAUCCAUGGGUAA